UUACGGUUUAGCAGAAUAAGAACAAAAAAAACAAAACCCUGGCCUCUCUCUGUUCUCUUCUUCUCUUUUCUUCUCUUCUCUGCAAUUUCAGAGCUUCAAUUCCAUUGUAAUGGCGGUUUUCGAGCUAUACGAGAACAUGUACGACAUCAGGUUGAAGCCUCGACUCCUGAAAUCUCUGAUAAAAGAUCGUCUACCCGACGAAAAGCAUCCCUUCACCAGCCCUUCCGAGCUUUCUUACGUUGAGUCUUCUAUUAGAACUCACGGCCUUCUCUCGGAGUCGUUUCGAGAAGCAGUCCACGACCGAAAGCUGGCCGAGAGCUGGAAAUCCGCCGUCGAUGCGUGGUUCGAGCGCUUGCUAUCGCUUGUUUCGAGCAAAAUGCCAGAUAAAUGUUGGGCAGGCAUCUGUUUGCUAGGUGUGACAGUACAAAAUUGUAGCGACGAUCGUUUUCUAGCAUCAUAUUCUGUUUGGUUCCAAAAGCUCCUUUCACAAAUUCAGCCGCCUUCUACUUCUAAUUUUGUCAAGGUGGCUUCUUGUGUUUCCUUAUCAGAUUUGUUCACAAGGUUGGAUCGUUUUCCAAAUGUAAAGAAAGAUGGUACCUCUCAAGCUGGCAAACUUAUUCAACCAGUUCUCAAAUUGUUAAGCGAGGAUGGCUCAGAGGCUGUAUGGGAAGGGGCGGUUGAUCUAUUAUGUACCCUCUUAACAUUCUUUCCAUCUUCUGUUCAUCGUCAUUCUGACAGUGCAGAAUCUGUUAUUGUUUCAAAAAUUAUGUCUGGGAAAUGCACUGCAAGUAUGUCUAAGAAGCUUGCUCAGAGUUUAGCAUUACUUCCAAAGGCGAGAGGUGAUGACGAUAGCUGGUCCUUGAUGAUGCAAAAAAUUUUAAUAUCAAUACACAAGGAUCUCAAGGAUCCAUUCCAAGGCCUAGAAGAAGAAACCAUAUCUCAUGAAAUUCUUAGACUCUUGGUUCCUCCUGGGAAAGAUCCCCCUCCUCCCCUGGGAGAUCAAGAGACAAAACUGAUUGAGCAAUUGCUAAUGCCCAGAGUGUCUACAUUGAUGCAGUGUGUUUGUAUGAUGCUCACUGAUCAUUAUCCUGUACAGGUAACUGUUCCUGUUCUCCCUUUGCUAGCACUUGUUAGGAGAAUACUGGCAGUGGAUGGGUCUCCGAGGCAAGCCUUAUCACCCUUUACAUCAAUCAUGCCACAAGAGUUCAUCUAUUUUGAGCUUCCAGGAUUGCACUUGUGCAGCUUGAAUCUUCUUCUUGCAGUCAUUACAGCAUUGCGCAGACAACUAUUACCCCAUGCUGCUCAAGUUGUGCGACUCCUCACUGAGUAUGUCAGGAAACGUGCAUGGAGACAUGCAUUGCCUUCUAUAAGGAUAAAGGUUUAUUCGGUCAUGAAGGUUUUACUGACCUCCAUGGGUGUCGGAAUCACUCAAUACCUUGCUCAAGAUGUAAUUGAAAAUGCAUUUGCUGAUCUGAGUUUCAUUACUCAAGGAAGUGGUUUUACAUCUUCAAGCUCAUAUCUGUCAAAAGUCGGGAGUGAGGCAUUACAGCAACCUAGCCUUGGGAAAGGAAAGCACAGUUCUGGAUUACCAGGGGAUAACCAAAAUGUAGUUGGUCCUGCAGUGGAAGUACCUUACAAGAGGCUAACUCCUAUUUCUGUACAGAUAGCUGCACUAGAAGCACUGGAAGAACUUGUUACUGUGAGUGGUGCAUGGAUAUCAGAGCAGUCGCGAUCCGAAGUGGACCGUCUUCUGAUAACUAUAGCAACAAACACAUGUAAUGCGGGAUGGUCCAAUGAAGAGAGGAGUAAGAUGGCAUCUGAGGGACCCACUCCAAAUCGAGCAGAUCUCCAGCUCACAGCAUUGCAUGCACUUCUGCCUUCUCUCCUCUCUCCAGCCCGUGGUAGGCCGCGAUAUUUAUCACAAGGCCUUGAACUUUUCCGUAGAGGUAGGCAAGAAACAGGAACCAAACUUGCUGAAUUCUGUGCUAAUGCUUUAACAACCUUGGAAGUACUCAUCCAUCCCCGGGCCCUUCCGCUCUGGGAUUCUCCAUCCGGCAACCACAGCCCGGUUGAUGAAGGAUUUAAUCGCAGGUUUACAGAAAACACAUCUCCUGGCAAUCAGAAACCUAAUACCUGGUUUUCAGGAGGCAUGCCUGGAGUCGAUGACCUUGCUUCUGAUGAGUUCUGUGACAGUUUGCUGGGGAAUGGAGAAGAAGCCGGACCCCACUCCAGUGAUCUACCAGAAAACCAAAUUGGAAAAACCAAUGAACAAUCCAACAAAGAUGCCGGGCCAAUGAUUGAAGGUCCCAUGGCAGUACAGCUCUCCUGCGAUGCAUCAGCUGGUGGGAGGGUCCCAAUAGAAGAAACAUGGGGACCCACAGGCAAUGCUGAUGUAGAAAUGGGAGGAAAUAACAUGAUUGAAUCAGGGCCACUGGAAGCGCCUGUCACUGGGGAUCAUAUGGCUGUUUUGCCCAGCAUUCAGGUAGCAUCCAGUGAAGCUGUUUUAUUGAGUAAUGAGGCGGCAUCAGCCAAAGGGGUGGUCGCUACUUGGGCUAAUGUCUCUCAACCCAAAACACCCUUUACAUCUGCCAGAGGAUCCCCUGAUUCUGGCAAGGGGAAAGGGCCUAUGUUCACAUCUGAUUCAGAGUCUCUGGAUUCUUUACCAGAUAUUGUUGUUGGUGAUCCAGAUUCUGAUUAGUAGCUCAUGAAAAUUUUGGCAGUUCACUUAUGUUUACAAAGAAAAAAAAGCUGCAUUAAAAAAAGCAACUUGUAGAGAAAAACAGGACCUUGAGACGGAUGCUAGAUGUCCAGUUCUAUAGAAUGUUAAUCUAUUCAAUUCAUGUUUUUUGGUGAGAGUUGGGUCUGUUUAGAUGAAAAGGGAUGUCAUUUGACACAAUUCCAUUUCAUUACUGAUGGCAUUCAGCUGGCUGAGACCAUAACCAGUGAAUAACCGCUGCCCAGUGUACAGUUUAUAUCAUUCUCUUGGAUAAUAAAGAAGCAUGGAACAACUGUAUGAUAGGCAUCAUGUAAGACCCAUUAUACGUGGGCUGUGCUUACAGAUUGAAUGUUCACAAAUUUCCAAUCAGACUUUGGCCAUGAUAGAAUUAUGUGGAUGCCAAUUGCAUGUAAGGAAUCUCCUAUGA